AUGCCUCCGCGCGCGCAGCCCGCGCCCGGGCCCCGGCCGCCGCCCCGCGCCCCCGCCGGCGCCGGGGACGCGGGCCCCGACUCGAGGGCCGCCGGCGGGCCCGGGCUCCGGCCGCUCGCGCCGCGCCCUUGGCGCUGGCUGCUGCUACUCGCGCUGCCCGCCGCCUGCUCCGCGCCGCCGCCGCCGCGCCCCGUCUACACCAACCACUGGGCGGUGCAAGUGCUGGGCGGCCCGGCCGUGGCGGACCGCGUGGCCGCGGCGCACGGCUACCUCAACUUGGGCCAGAUUGGAAACCUGGACGAUUACUACCACUUUUAUCACAGCAAAACCUUUAAGAGGUCGACCUUGAGCAGCAGAGGCCCUCACACCUUCCUCAGGAUGGACCCCCAGGUGAAAUGGCUCCAGCAACAGGAAGUCAAACGGCGGGUGAAGAGACAGGUGCGAAACGACCCGCAGGCACUUUAUUUCAACGAUCCCAUCUGGUCCAACAUGUGGUACAUGCACUGUGGUGACAAGAACAGCCGCUGCCGGUCAGAAAUGAAUGUCCAGGCAGCGUGGAAGCGGGGCUACACGGGAAAGAACGUGGUGGUCACCAUCCUGGAUGACGGCAUAGAGAGAAACCACCCCGACCUGGCCCCGAACUACGAUUCCUACGCGAGCUAUGACGUCAAUGGCAACGAUUACGAUCCGUCUCCGCGGUACGAUGCCAGCAACGAGAAUAAACACGGCACUCGCUGUGCAGGAGAAGUCGCCGCCUCCGCCAACAACUCCUACUGCAUUGUAGGGGUUGCAUACAAUGCCAAGAUUGGAGGCAUCCGAAUGCUGGAUGGAGAUGUGACCGAUGUGGUGGAGGCCAAGUCUCUGGGCACCAGACCCAAUUACAUCGACAUCUACAGCGCCAGCUGGGGGCCGGACGAUGAUGGCAAGACGGUGGACGGGCCCGGCCGGCUGGCCAGACAGGCCUUCGAGCACGGCAUCAGAAAGGGCCGGCAAGGCCUGGGCUCCAUUUUUGUCUGGGCAUCGGGGAACGGCGGCCGUGAGGGGGACCACUGCUCCUGUGAUGGCUACACCAAUAGCGUCUACACCAUCUCCGUGAGCAGCACGACCGAGAACGGCCACAGGCCCUGGUACCUGGAGGAGUGUGCGUCCACCCUGGCCACCACCUACAGCAGCGGGGCCUUCUACGAGCGCAGAAUUGUGACCACGGACCUGCGUCAGCGCUGCACAGACGGCCACACCGGAACCUCGGUCUCGGCCCCCAUGGUUGCCGGUAUCAUCGCCUUGGCCUUGGAAGCAAACAGCCAGCUGACCUGGAGGGAUGUCCAGCACUUGCUGGUGAAGACGUCCAGGCCGGCCCACCUCAAAGCAAACGACUGGAAGGUGAACGGUGCUGGUCAUAAAGUUAGCCACCUCUAUGGAUUUGGCCUGGUGGAUGCGGAUGCCCUGGUCGUGGAGGCCAAGAAAUGGAUGGCAGUGCCCCCGCAGCACACCUGUGUCGCCGUCACUGACAAGAGACCCAGGAGCAUCCCAGUGGUGCAGACGCUGUGGACCACUGCCCUGACCACUGCCUGCGCCGACCACUCAGACCAGCACGUGGGCUUCCUGGAGCACGUGGUGGCCCGUGUCUCUAUCUCCCACCCGCGCCGUGGGGACCUGCAGAUCCACCUGACAUCCCCCUCUGGGACCAGGUCUCAGCUGCUGGCGAAGAGACUGCUGGAUCAUUCCAACGAAGGCUUUACAAACUGGGAGUUCAUGACCGUGCAUUGCUGGGGAGAGAAGGCCGAGGGGGAAUGGACGCUGGAAAUCCAAGACAUGCCAUCCCAGGUCCGCAACCGGGAGAAGCAAGGGAAGCUGAGGGAGUGGACCCUCAUCCUGUAUGGCACCGCCGAGCACCCCUACACCACCUUCAGCACCCACCAGUCCCGCUCUCGGAUGCUGGAGCUCUCUGCCUCAGAACUGGAGCCCCCGAGGACCGCCGUGUCACCAUCCCAGGCUGAGGUUCCGGAGGACGAAGAGGACUACACAGCUCCUUCCUCCCCUGGCUCUCCUAGUCUUUUACAGACCAGUGUGUGCCAUCCGGAGUGUGGGGACAAAGGCUGUGAUGGCCCCGGUGCAGACCAGUGCUUGAACUGCGUCCACUUCAGCCUGGGGAGUGUCAAGACCAGCAGGAAGUGCGUGAGUGCGUGCCCUCUGGGCUACUUUGGGGACACCGCAGCCCGCCGCUGCCGCCGGUGCCACAAGGGGUGCGAGACUUGCUCUGGCCGGGGCUCCACGCAGUGCCUGACUUGCCGCCGUGGCUUCUACCACCAUCAGGAGGUGAACUCCUGUGUGACCCUCUGUCCCGCCGGAUUUUAUGCUGAUGAAAGUCAGAAAAAUUGCCUUAAAUGCCACCCAAGCUGUAAGAAGUGCAUUGAUGAGCCAGAGAAGUGUACUGUCUGUAAAGAAGGAUUCAGCCUUGCCCGGGGCAGCUGCAUUCCAGACUGUGAGCCAGGCACCUACUUUGACUCUGAGCUCAUCCAGUGUGGGGAGUGCCAUCACACCUGCCGGACCUGCGUGGGGCCCAGCAGAGAGGAGUGCAUUCACUGUGCCCCGGGCUUCCACUUCCAAGACUGGAGAUGCGUGCCGGCCUGUGGUGAGGGCUUCUACGCAGAGGACAUGCCAGGGCUGCCCCACAAGGUGUGCCGCAGGUGUGACGAGAGCUGCCUGAGCUGUGAAGGCUCCAGCAGGAGCUGCAGCCGGUGUAAAGCGGGCUUCACACAGCUGGGGACUUCGUGCAUCACCAAUCACACAUGCAGCAAUGCUGAUGAGACGUUCUGCGAGAUGGUCAAAUCCAACCGGCUCUGUGAACGGAAGCUGUUCAUCCAGUUCUGCUGCCGCACGUGCCUCCUGGCCGGGUAGGGGCACCUGGCCCCCGCACAGGGCAGGGCCCCUCCCGUCGUCCGUCUGUCCGUCCACCUUUCUCCAGGCUGUCGGCCAGAGCCUGUUUCAGGGAUGGUGCCCCCAUCUGACAGCUUCGUCUCCCUAGGAGUAAGGUCCUUCCUGGCGACUCUGGGCACCCAGGCCAGGGGGAAGGCAGGGGUUGCCUGGAGGAGGUGUCCCGGGAGCAGUGACACCCGCUCACACCCCCUCGCUGGCUGCGUUCUGGCCAAGUCACAGCAGGAGCAGCAUGAACUCUGGGGAUCCACAGCUCCUGGGACCAUGCAUUCACUGAAUCUCCAAGACCAAAGCAGAAAGGCCAGCCACAUGGCCCUAAGCAGCACCCUCCUCCCUGUGCUUCCAUGCCCCCUGAAGAGCCCUGGCUGUGCCCCACGAGGAAGGGCCUGGGGCGCACCUGCUUCUCUGCCAGCCGCCAUUUGGGAGGCGGUUUGGUCAGACUCAACAGAACAGAUCCGGGAGCGUAAAACCUGUGACCUCUGGGGAUGGAGCGUCUGUUUCUACAUGGUCAGUGACUUCUGAAACUACACCCAUGGCUUAGAAAGUCACAUCCCAGUGGGACGAGAUGGAAAGACCCUCCUUCAUCUACAGCCCUCACCUCUGAGUGGGCCGAGGGCCCCGGGUCGCCGCGUCCCAUCCGCGCCUCUACGAGUCUCAUGGCCCGAACGGUCACCUCUACCUGAUGGAUGGUAGCCCCAACAAGCAAGAUGUAAGCCUGUCCGUGAAUUGCUGGUUGUCAGUCACUUCCCUUCUGUGGAGCUGCUCUGAAAGCCCAUGGGCCCUGCUUUUCAGGAUACUUGUCUUAAGGUGGGCUCGCCUGUGUCUGAGUUUGCUGUGAGCCUAUCGACACAGUUGGAUUUACUUCUGCCAAACCUGUGUGGGCAUUUUAUAAGCUACAUGUUCUAAUUUUUACCAAUGUUAAUUAUUUUGACAAAUAUUUCAUAUAUUUUCAUUGAUAUGCACAGAUCUGCUUGAUGAAGUCCCUUUAAUAUGGGAAUUAACAUUUGCCUUAAAUUUUCUCGAGCUCGUUCUCCAUUUUCGUCCUGCUUCCCUCUGUGACUGUAAUGCCUUUGACGAGCCACCGGUCAGCUGGGGGGAACCCAGCUGUUGUUGAUUGAAUCCACAACUCCGAAAAAGAAAUUCACAAGGCAGGCACAGUGUUAACCCUAAAUUAAUAAAAGAGUUAACAUUC